CUCGGUCGGGCGGGGGAGGGGGCGUCGUCCUGGCGCUUGCAGUUGGGGGUGUGUGAGCUCGGGGGUGUUAGUGAGUCCCGACGGCCCCCGAGAGGUGUUUGUGAGUCCCGACGGCGCUGCGGUUCCAGCCCCCGGGAGGAAGCCCGCUCGGGGCCCUGGUGGGGGCCCAGCUCCCUAGGAUCCCACCCCGGGAGAGGGCCGCUCCUGCGCCAGACCUGAGCUUACCCAAGGUCCAGCCUAGCCCCUAGACACCAUGUCAGACAGUGAUCUAGGUGAGGACGAAGGCCUCCUCUCCCUGUCGGGCAAAAGGAAGCGCAGGGGAAACCUGCCCAAGGAGUCAGUGAAGAUCCUCCGAGACUGGCUGUACUUGCACCGCUACAACGCCUAUCCCUCAGAGCAGGAGAAGCUGAGCCUUUCUGGACAGACCAACUUGUCAGUGCUGCAGAUAUGUAACUGGUUCAUCAAUGCCCGGCGGCGGCUUCUCCCAGACAUGCUUCGGAAGGACGGGAAAGACCCUAAUCAGUUUACCAUUUCCCGCCGCGGGGGUAAGGCCUCAGAUGUGGCCCUUCCCCGUGGCGGCAGCCCCUCAGUGCUGGCUGUGUCUGUCCCAGCCCCCACCAAUGUGCUCUCCCUGUCUGUGUGCUCCAUGCCGCUCCACUCAGGCCAGGGGGAAAAGCCAGCAGCCCCAUUCCCACAAGGGGAGCUGGAAUCCCCCAAGCCCCUGGUGACCCCUGGUAGCACACUCACCCUGCUGACCAGGGCUGAGGCCGGAAGCCCCACAGGUGGACUCUUCAACACGCCACCACCCACACCCCCAGAGCAGGACAAAGAGGACUUCAGCAGCUUCCAGCUGCUGGUGGAGGUGGCGCUACAGAGGGCUGCUGAGAUGGAGCUUCAGAAGCAGCAGGACCCAUCACUUCCAUUACUGCACACUCCCAUCCCUUUAGUCUCUGAAAAUCCCCAGUAGCUGUCUGCCAAGAGGGGCGCUCAAGGCUCAAGCCAGCUGUCCUGGGUUUCCGUUUUGGUUCCCUUUCAUGCAGAGGGUUUUCUAUGGAUCACUGCCAAACAUUGGGAUCAUCUCCUCUGUGCAGAGGUCUUCAGCAGGAAGAUGCCAGUUGGCACCACUGCACUGUGAUGGGGGACCUCUCCUCUGCUGACUGCCGUUUCUCCAGGCCUUCCCUCAGUGAUGAGACCAAGAGAUCGGAGACAACCACGGUGCUGCUGCUGCUGCUGCUGCUGCUCCAGAGAAUCCCUGGGACACCUUUGUUCCAGCCUGGUUUCCUGGGCUGGGCUCAGGAAAGCUGCCAAGUUCAGUCCUAUGUUGGGUCCAAGCUACCCCUGUGCUGUUUCUGUCAAGCCAGGUGUGGACAUUCCAAGUUCAUAUGCAUGAACAAAAGAAGAGGAACCCAGUGGAUGUACCGGAACCGACUCCAGUUGAAUGUUAGAUUUUUGCUAAACUGUUUUGUUUUUCCCUUUUUUGCUGUGGUUUACGUUCACGGCAGUAGUUAGCCCAGGUGUGGGGAAAAAGAGUGCACUGCAUGAUAAGAGUUCUGGUGAACUGGGAAGGACCCACCACUGUAACUGGGGAUUGUUUUGCAAGAAAGUAGUAUUUUUAUUUGGGGGACCAGCUAAGUCUCUGCAGUAGUGUGAAAUUUCAAAUGGUUGUUUUGGUUUACCAAAAAAAGGCAG